GAUCUGGUACGAUAUCAUGCGCAUUGAAUGGUUGGUUACUAGUACUUAUACAUGUAUAUACUCUAGUGGACGCUGCGGUAGAUCAAUAUGAAUUAUCUACCCUUUGCUGUAAAAGUCUCUCGUGGUCCAUGGCAAAGAAAUCGAUUAUCUUAAGCCAGCUUAUUAUGUUUAUAUCUGUAUUAUAUGCGAGUUAUGUCACUUUGUGCAUUAUUCAAAUCUUUUGUAAAAAGAAAUAGUAAAACAUGCGGUUUUACAAUGAGCUACUAAAAAAAUAAGGAUUUAUUGCCUUUAAAAAUGCAUAGAUUUAAUGACUGCAAAGUAGGUAAAAUAUGAUGCUUAGUAUAGGUCUAGACGAAGCCUCAUUGAAAAAAAAAUUUACUGCAUUAUGUGCAUAAGUGGAUGAUAAAAGCGGUGAAAGGCAAGUCACAGACGGCAACAUAGCGGCUGUAAAGUUUUUUUGUAUCUCUUUAUUCAAAUAAUAUAACAAAAAAGUGUUGGUCCUCGACAGAACAAAACACUUCUAAGGUUCUUUGACCAUACUGUCUACGUAAAAAUAUGUUUGUUUCACUGAAUGCUACGCGGAAAUAUACUAUAUUAUGUUAGAAAAACUCGUUCUAUAUCAAAUUCGAACAAUAUCAGCUUUAUAAUAUGUUGUUUCAAUAAAUACGCAUGUCUUUUUUACUAAGAAGCACAAAACCGGUGCCAUAUUGUCUUGGAAUUGCUAUUGACAGAGAAAGACGGGAAAUAAACCAACUUGAUAUUAUUCUAAAUUUUCAGAGCCAUAUAAUGGAUUCAGUUACAUAAAAUAUCAAUGUUAGAUUUACAAAAACCAGUAACUUUAUAUUUUUAGUUAUUUUGAGAUGAUGACAUAUCAUAUGAUGAAAAUACUGUACUAUUGAAAUUAGUUCAUAACUAUAUUGUAAAAUCUAAGAGAUUUAGCUUAAUGUAUUUAUCUUAACUAUAACUAUAUAUAUCUAAUACAUGUACACAAAACUAGUAUACUUAUGCCGUAACUGUACUAAUAGGUUUAAAAAAAAAAUUCUCUUUCUUUUUUCCACAAACCGGGUUUUGCCAACCUUCUUUUUUAGCCCAUCUGAAUAUUAUAUUUAUUUGCAUAUAUUUUUAUGCUUCAUCAUUCACUAUUCUAUUAAUAAGUGUAUUAUUAAUUUGUCAUUUAUAUCUUGCACAUUAUAUGUAUUACCGUGCACCCUGUGGAGAACGCUUACAUAGGCAUUGCCUGCUGACUAAUCAGUUUAUGUAAAUAUAUAUUUGCAUAAUAAAAUAACUUCAAAUCAAAUAAAAAAAUAUUCGCUAUAUAUGGUUGGUCUUUGGUCAAAGUAACAAGCAAUGUUGUAUAAAAGGCAUUGGCAGGCAUGUUUGGCCCAAAGCCUGAUAAAAAAAAAACCAACGCAGAAAUAAGCAAGAAAACCGAGUGCGUGAAAUGGCGUGUGCCUACACUGAUGCAACAAAAUUGUUAAACACAAGAGGCAAGUAGUUCGAGUAUUUUUUUAUCAACGUUGGAAUCUUAAAAUUAACAUCAUAAUUCUUGGAACAGUCAUAAUUGUACCAUAGCAAAAGUCUAUAAUAUGAAAUAAUGUCAGACAAGCAACUUAAUCAGCUACAUGUAAGUGUGGAUAUUGUGAUUUAUUGCACAUACACUUGUAUGCUGUAAUCAAGAAGUGUAGUUUUCUGUUCGUAGUAUAAUAACAAGACUUCUUAAGAGCAGUUAUACGAUAUGUGAUGAUAACAGUGUUCAAAAUCAAAAGCCCAAAGACAAAUUACAAAACAGGAGCAGAGCAAACACAGACUUCUAAAAAAAUUAGAGGUAGGAUUAGGUGCCAUGGAGGAGUAAAUAUCUUCGGCUGACUGGUCACACCCGCCGUGUACUCUUUGUGGUAAUGGGGAAGAAAGGAAAAGAACGUAUCUAACGAAUCUAUCUAACCAGGAUGGUAUUGCAUUCAUUAUAAAAGCUCAUUUAAAGGUAUUGAAAGGUAAAAAAAAAAAACUUAACCGAUUUGAAAAAAAAUUCUUCCUUUUACGAGUUUAGUAGAUAAAAAAAUAUGAAGAUUAAAGUUAUAACAAAACUGCAUGGCAAAACCUACAUUUCCGAAUAUGGAGAAGCGGCAACGGUUACUCAGCUCUUUGGUUGUGGUUUAUAUUAUCAAGUUUUCUUGUCUCAUCGGUGCUUUAUUUACGGAAUAUUGGGUGGAUGCAGAUGGUUACCACUUCGGGGUAUUUAAGUAUUGUGUUGACAACACAAGCACUUGCCAAGAUGUUACGUCUCAGCUUCAAACAAUUGAAGACCUUUUGUUGGGCACCCGUUAUUUGUUGAUUAGCGCCUGUGCCUUGGUAUUCAUUUGUAUGAUGUUCUGUGUGACGUCAAUAAGUAAAUGCUGCGGGACUGACAGAAAGACAAAGAUACUAGCAAGAAUCAAUGUUACAGGAACGUUUCUUCAGUUUAUAUUAGAGACUUCGACGGUGAUUACAUUUGCCCAUGGAGUGGCUCAGCUACCGCGUGCUCCACAGAUUGGCUGGUCCUUCUACAUAACCAUCUGUAUGGCAGUUUUCACGCUGAUGUUCUUCUUUAUUCUUCUGCUCACCACCUUUUGUUGUAACAAAAGAUGCUAUUUGGAUACGUCAUCAAAUUUUUCUUCAAAGCUUACUUUCAUAACACCCCCACAGAAUGUUUCUGUUGAUGUUGGUAAAGUGGUGUCUGUUUUUGCUAAUGUAAGAAACGCAAGCAAUGUUUAUUGGUGCAAAGGAAAGGACCAGGUAAUUCGGAUAUCAUCGACAUUCCGCCAACAGUUUGACGAGUCCAACCAAAAAGCUGAGCUCACAUUGAGUAAUGCUAGACUUCAGGACGACGGCGAAUAUACUUGUGUAGCAGAGAAGUAUGGAAGAAAUAAAAAAGAAAUCAAAGAAUCAUUCUUCAUUUAUGUGCAUCACGUGAAACCUGUGUUUACAAUAAAACCAAAUGAUGUUACCGUGCAUUCAGGAGACGCAUUUUAUACAGAGGCAGUCGUCAAUAAUGCGGAAGUGGUGUCGUGGCUUCACCAAGGCAAGAUUUUAAGCAGCGCCAAAAACAAAAUAGCAAUCAAGUUUGUGAACGGAAAGGCUUCGUUAAGAAUUGAUGGUACAACAAAGAAAGAUGAAGGUGACUAUACCUGUUUGGCUAAAUCGGGAACUGACCCUCAUAAAUUAAAAGAAGAAUCUGUAGAUUUUCACGUCAGCGUCAGUGACGCUGAGCUGCCAUCAUUUGAAAACGUUCCGCAAGCGGUAAAUAUUAAAAAUGGUACAGCCAUAGAGAUGGCGAUCAAAGUAAGAGGAUUCCCAAUGCCAAAACAAGUCGCAUGGUUCAAGGAUGGAGAACCUGUAGUGAGAAGUAGAAAAACAAUGAUGCAGUAUAUCGAUGGAGCCUCCAAAUUGGUAAUCUAUGAUACUGAUCUUGCUGAUGCUGGUUUGUAUGAAUGCUAUGCCGAAAACGAACAUGGAAACGACAAGUGCACAAUACCUGUUAAAAUUAAAAGGGUUGACCAUGAUACCAUUGAAUGUUCAAUAUGCAUGGAUCGGCCACCGUCAAAUGUUUUGCCGUGUGGUCAUGCCUUCUGCUUGGAGUGUAUUGGUAUGAUGAAUUUUAAGUGUGGCAUGUGCAGGUCUCCUUUUAGAGAUUACAAACCGUUGUAUUUAACUUAAUACGACAUAAAAAAUGCUGCACAAAAUUAGCAAAAUAUGUUGGAGGGAGAGAGACACACAAACAGAGAGAGAGAGAGAGAGAGAGAGAGAGAGAGAGAGAUGAAUUAUUAAAAAACAUAAAAAAUUGUCUUUUUAUUUUCUUUAUGCAUAUUUACAAGGUUCUUUAAUAAAAUAUCAAGUGCAAAUUUUCAACAAUAUUUAAAAUCGGAUGACUUGUGUGUACAUUCAAUUUGUAUUGCCAGUUGUUUUGAUAAAAUAAAAAACCAAGAAAAUUACACAUAUGUAUUUAACUAGCUCUAGCAACGGUCGAUUAAAGAUCCCAUUCUGUGCAAUCUUUUAACACCGACGAAUUAAAGUUGAAGAUCCCGAGGCUGCAAGAGCCGCUUUUGGCCAUCCUGAUACUCGUGCCGACAUGGUAACAAAUUACAUAUACAUAAUAUGGUCUUGUGUACGGUUGGUGCCGGUUAGGAGAAAUAUUUAUUUUCUGACAGCCGCUGCUUAGAGAUAUCUGCACUAUUAUUGGCUUGGUGGGUAACUACGUGUGUCAAUUUUUGGCAAAAUGAAACUUAUUAAAUUUAAAAUGAUUGAUGGCAUGGAUUUUCUGUAUCUUAAAAUAAAUCAAGAGAACAGUUGCAGUUGAUAUCAAAAACUUCUCCAAAAAAGUAUAAUACCUCAAAUGACUAAAGAAAUGAAAUAAAAACCAACGGAAUUGUGAUGGAUUUUCUAUUUCACUGCACCAAAUGAGGUUGCUUGAGAAAAGUUGAAGCUUAUGGUAUUUAGAAAUUUAAGAUGCUAGAUGCGCUUAUUUGCAUUGUUAGACUAUAUUGAUUCCCUUCGGAAGAAAAGUUCUGUAUGAAGAUAAAAAUAUACAAAUCUAAAUUUUACAGGUAGAUAUGAUGGGUAAUUUGUUGUAAAUUUAGCUUUCUUAAACUAAAAGGAAACAGAACCUUGUAUUGUUCAUUGUAAACGCUA